AUGUUGUCUUUUGGCAGUCCUGAAAGUUCCUGCCUGAUUGAAAUGACUACAAAUGAAAUUUCUUCUGCACAUCAGAGGAUCUCUUUGCCAUCACAAAUGACUCAGGUUAGCUUUGGGCCAAUAUUCCUUGGAAAUGUCCCCUCUCAUCGCAUGAGCAUUCAUCCAAACUCUGGGCAGAUUUAUGGUUUCACAGGCUGCAUCAGAGAGUUCCAAGUCAACACCCAAGAACUCUUCAUUAUAGAGGAGGCAUUGGAAGGACGGAACAUUGAGAACUGUAAUGUUCCAGUUUGUGACUAUCAUCCAUGCCACAAUGGUGGUACUUGCAUUAGUGAUACAGAGAACUGGUUCUGUGAAUGCCCUCCUAUCUACUCUGGAAAAUUAUGUCAGUUUUCAAAUUGUGAGGAGAAUCCAUGUGGGAAUGGAGCAACCUGUUUUCCUAAAUCCAGCCAGGACAUUGUAUGCCUCUGUCCAUAUGGAAGAACCGGAAUACUUUGUAAUGAUGCUAUUAAUAUUACCUAUCCUAGCUUCAGUGGGACCAAUGCUUUUGGUUAUACCUCAUUCCUAGCAUAUUCAGCAAUUCCAAACAUCAGCCUGCACUAUGAAUUCCGCCUGAAAUUUCAAUUGGCAAACCACAGCUCAUCACUACAAGACAAUCUGAUCUUUUUUACUGGUCAGAAGGGCCAAGGUCUUAAUGGUGAUGAUUUCCUAGUGCUAGGUCUGCGAAAUGGUAGCAUGGUAUACAGUUACAACUUGGGAUCCGGAAUUGCAACUAUUAUUAGUGAACCACUUGACCUGACACGUCACAUUCACACAGUCAGUCUUGGCAGAUUUCUUAGAAAUGGCUGGAUGAAGGUGGAUGAUCAAAAAAACAAAACAAUUAUAUCACCAGGAAAGUUGACUGGACUCACUGUUUUUAGUCAGUUUUACGUAGGAGGUUACAUUGAAUAUAUUCCAGAAUUCUUACCAAAUGGAUCCAGUUUUAAAAAUGGUUUUCAAGGUUGCAUUUUUGACCUCCAAGUCCUUGCUGGGAAGGAUCAGGAGUUUAAAGCACCAGGAAUUCCAGAAGGCCAUCCUAACACUGGUCGCAAUGUAGGACAGUGUCAGGUGUCUCCGUGCCAACUGAUAACAUGCAGAAAUGGAGGGACGUGCAUGGAGAGUGGCUCUGCGCUGUACUGUCAUUGCUCUUCCGGUUGGAAAGGGGCUUUCUGCAUGGAGAUCGUUUCAGCGUGUGAUCCUGAGCACAACCCACCGCAUAGGUGCAAGCGAGGUUCCACCUGCGUCCCUCUGCCUGACGCAUAUACCUGCCACUGCUCACUGGGAACCACUGGAGCACACUGUGAACAAGCCUUAACCAUAAGCGAUGCAUCAUUCAGUAAUAGCAAAUCUUCCUGGAUGUCAUUUGAGCCCUUCAACAUUCGACACGAGGUUCAUAUCCAGUUGCAAUUCCAGACGUUUUCAGGAAAUGGCAUCUUGUUUUACACUGCUCAGCACCUGAGCCCACGAUCAGGUGACUUCCUAAGUAUCACCUUGGUAAACGGAUAUAUACAACUACGCUACAACCUUGGGGACAGAACAGUAAUUUUACAGACAUUUCAACCUGUACACAGCACAAAUAAGACGUGGCUUUUAAUUAAAGCAGGAAGAGUUGGUAAUGAAGGCUACUUGGACCUCAAUGGAAUCAAUAUAACUCAAAAAGCUACCAAUAGCAUGACUUCCUUAGAUACACAAACGGAUUUCUAUGUAGGAGGAUUACCUUCCUUAAAUUGGGUUAAUCCCAGGGCAAUUAAGAAUGAGCCCACUGGCUUUACUGGCUGCAUUCGAGAGAUCCUUGUCAAUAGCAAAGAAUUAAAACUGACAGAAAAAGGAGCUAAAGGUGGUUCCAAUGUAGGUGACUGUGAUGGAACUCCCUGUGGAUAUAGAGUAUGUAAAAAUAAGGGGAAAUGUAAAGUUGUAGAGUCUGGUUUUUCUUGCUUGUGUCCUAAGCAAUGGAUGGGGAAGACAUGUGAGCAAUCUACUUAUUGUUCACAUAACAAGUGUCUACAUGGAAGUGUUUGUAUACCUAACCCUGUUUUAUUUUCAUAUACGUGUGCAUGUAAACUUGGAUGGACAGGUCAAUGGUGCGAAAAACAGCUCUCCUUUUUUAUUGCAAAGUUUAUAGGCAAUUCAUACAUCAAGUACACAGAUCCUGAUUAUGAAAAAAGAGAUCUCAGAUUUACUAGGGUAUCUUUAAAUGUUACCACCACUCAAAUGGAUGGUUUAUUUGUUUGGUUAGGAAAGGCUGAGGAUGAAGAUAAUGAUUUCCUUGCAGUAGGGCUUGAGAAUGGCAUGCUGAAAGUUGUAGUUAACCUAGGAGAAAGGAUUGGUGUCCCUCUUAUUCACCAAAGAAAGCCACUAUGCUGCAAAAAAUGGCAUUUUGUUGCCAUUGUGCAAAACAAGACUCUCAUUAAAGUAUAUCUUGAUGAGGAACUUGUUCUUUUUGAAGACCUGGAUCCACAAAGAAAGUACACUGUUCUAAAUUAUGGAGGCAUUUGCUAUUUUGGAGGGUUUGGACUUGAUAGGAGAGUAAGUACUGUCACCUCAGGGCUAUUUAAGCAAGAAUUAAUUGGUAAAAUGAAGGAUGUUGCCCUUUUUCAGGAUUCAACAAAAAUAAAUCUAAUUAAGGGACAAGGAUAUAAUGUAUAUAGUGGAGAUAAGGAGUAA